CAUCAUCAUCAGCAGAAUAAACACAAAGAUGGUCAUUAGACCCAUGUCAAUUUUUCCAUGGGAGAAAACAAAAAAUUGUUCCCUUAAAAGGACAGGUAAAAUGGCAAGAAAAAUACAGUAGGAGAAGAACAGGAGGAAAGGGCCAGCCGGCCGGCAGCACCGGUGUCCAGUGCACAAGAGCAAGCAAACACAUGGCCCAGGCGCGGCGCGCCUCAACAGGAACAGGACAAAGGGGAUUUUGUUUCGGGUGAGGUGGGGGGCGACAUGGCGCCACCCGCCGCUCAGACUCAGCUCCUCCUCUCCAACCACCCCUCGCCGUCGCCGCCGCACCGUCGUAGCCUCCUCCUCCGCCGCCGGCUGCUGCCUCGCCCACACACCUACGCCAUCCGGCACCACCACCACCAUGGCCACGACAAGUACGCCUCCUAUUCCCCUGGCCUUCGCCACGCCCUCCGGCCGCCCGCCGCCGCAGCGGUGACCAUCGCGCCGGGCGACCACUGGGGCAACUGGGCCUUCCUCCUCUCCGCCGCCGCGUUCGGCACAUGGGCGGAGGAGAACACGUCGUGGGGCGCCGCGCUCAGCGGGGCGCUGGUCAGCAUCAUGGCCGGCCUGGCCGCCACGGCCGUCGGCCUCGUCACCCCCGGCGCGCCCGCGCACGACGCCGUCAUGGAGUACCUGCUGCCCGCCGCCGUCCCGCUCCUGCUCCUCGGCGCCGACCUCCGCCGCGUCGUCCGCACCACCGGCGACCUCCUCAAGGCCUUCCUGCUCGGAUCUGUUGCAACUGUAAUCGGCACGACGGUGGCGUAUCUUCUGAUCCCCAUGAGAUCCCUGGGCCAAGAUAGCUGGAAGAUCGCAGCUGCACUCAUGGGCAGCUACAUUGGCGGAGCGGUGAACUACGUCGCCAUCUCGGAAGCUCUGGGCCUCACGCCAUCCGUCCUCGCCGCCGGCGUCGCGGCGGACAACCUCAUCUCGGCGCUCUACUUCAUGGCGCUCUUCUCGCUGGCGUCAAACAUCCCAGCAGAGCCCAAGACGGCGACGUCGAGUCCGCAGAAGGACGACGAGGGGGGCGGGGGCCGGCUGUUCGUGCUCAACGGCGGCGCGGCGGUCGCGCUGUCGUUCAUCAUCUGCAAGGCCGGGUCGGCCAUGGCGGCGCGGGUGGGCGUCCAGGGCGGCACGCUGCCGUGCGUCACGGCGCUGGUGGUGUUCCUGGCCACGGCGUUCCCGGGCCCGCUCGGCAGGCUCGCGCCGGCCGGCGAGUCCCUGGCGCUCAUCCUCAUGCAGCUCUUCUUUGCCGUCGUCGGGGCCAACGGCAACGUCGUCGACGCCGUCACCCGGGCGCCCAGCGUCUUCGCCUUCGCGCUCGUGCAGGUGUCCGUCCACCUCGCCGUCGUGCUUGUGGCAGGCAGGGUCAUGGGGCUCGAGAGGAAGCCGCUGCUCAUCGCCUCCAACGCCAACGUCGGCGGGCCUACCACCGCCGCCGCCAUGGCCACGGCCAAGGGCUGGACCUCGCUCGUCGUGCCCGGAAUCCUCGUCGGCAUCUUCGGGAUCUCCAUUGCCACGUUUCUUGGCAUCGGCUACGGCAUGUUCGUGCUCAGAAGAAUCUGCGGCUGAACUCAACAUGAACUUGUCGUCGAGCGACCCAAGAUGUGUUUUUUCCAGUAGCUGUCGCACACUAGCUAGAACAAAGAGGUUUUCCCUAGAGUUCAGAAACUUAUGGAUGUUUUGAAAAGAUCCUUAAACUUAUUAUGACUGCUAAUGAUAGAUUGGAUCUAUAUAGACAGUAGUAAUUUGCAAUUUUGCAUUA